UCUUGAUUUUAUAAGAUGGUACAUCAAAGCACAAAUGCACAAUCAUGGCUUAUUAAACAGAUCGAAGGAAGGACAACACCACAGUACGACUUUUCAGCUGCUGCGUCAGUCUCCUCACAGCCUCUCCUCCCACAGCUGCAGUGCUGCGGCGUGAACAACUACACCGACUUCCAGCAGGCGACGCUGUGGCAGAACAACAAGUCGAGCAACGCCGUGGUGCCCGAGGCGUGCUGCAAGCUGGAGGGCGACCCACGGAACUUCCUGCCCGAGGAUCCGUCGUGCCCCUCGCGACCCAGCCAGGAGAACUCGUACUACCUCACAGGGUGCCUCAGCAGGUUACAUGAGAACACCUUCUACUACCUGACUCCUAUGUUGUCUGUCGCCAUCUGUCUGGGGACGCUCCAGCUUAUCCUCAUCACGCUCUCGUUUUACAUGUGUAGAGCCAUUAGCAAGGCUCUCAAGGUUGCUACGGUAGACUGAUGCAGUGGAUCGAGAACCACACCAACGUGCUCAUGGGGAUCGGGAUCGGGGUGGGCAUCACUCAAUUGCUGGGACUCUGUUUUGCCUUUUGCCUGUGUUCCGCCUUGGGCCGCAAGGUCAAGUGACGCCAGGAGGAGCAGCAGCAGCAGCAGGACCAAGAGCUCCGCACAUACAGACACCAUCACCAACAACGCCCCAGCCCACCGCGACUAGAAAAGUGAACGAGUUUUGGCAUCAGUACGAGAAGAAAAAAGUAAUGCAAUGGAGUUUUGACCACAACUUUAGCAUAGCUGAAACCAUAUCAGUGAAACAAGACAAUAUUUAUGGGGUACAUGUAUAUCGUAUUGUAUUUUUUUGCUCCCCCUUUACACCAUUUAAAACAGCCCAUUAGAUGUAAUUCAAUUCAUCACACAGUAGUAGCAAAAUCAGUUUAUUGUGGGAUGCCAAUGAUCAGUCUUUUUUUUAUGCCAACCCACCAACAAACAUACAUAUCUUAGAAAUGAGUAAUAUGGUCACCUGAUUUCAGGCUGUCCAGAGAAGCAAGCCCUCCACUUGUUACAACUCCUAUUUUUGUUUGUUAUGUCUUGUUUAAGUUUUGUGUCUCAGUGUGUACCAAUGACUUUACCUCUCCUGUGUCAGGCGAAUGUGUCAUAUUUUAUUAUUACUUAGUAUUGGUUAAUUUGUUACAAUAUCAGUAGGCAAAAAUGUAAAAAAAACUUAUCAAGCCAGUAGUUUAUCUUAAGUUCAGGAGGUGCUUACCUGCUCACGCCAUUACCUGCCUGCCUGUCACGGGGGAGCGGGGCGCCCGGCGGCCGGUGCCUGCCCUGCCUCCUGCCCCACCACAGAGCAGCGCCUCCGUAGCCUCCUUGCUACUCUGGGCCGCCACACAGCUCGUUGACAGUACACCAGACUUCCAGCCAAACAAAUCGUUAUGUGACCCAUAUUUUCACAAAGCUGAUCUGACAUUCUAUUAUAUGUGUGUAUAUGUGGUUCUCUGAUGUCUUGAAUUUCGAGGAAAAUGACUGUGUAAAUAGUAAUUCAUUAUAGCUUUAUGGGAUUAUAAUUUUCUUAUGAAAGGAUAAGAUAUUUUGAGAGUUUCUAUGUAAAUAAACUAACAGUUACAUCUCGGAAAAACGGUGUUCACAUAUGAUGUCUCUCAGUUGGCAGAGAAUACCUGUGCAUCUUACAUGCUGCAUUUACUAUGAUGUCUCACCGUGUCCUACCUCUUGGAUGCCAAUAUGUUAUGUCCUGUGUUGUCUUAUUUGGGCGUGAAACGAGCGAGUUUUUGAAGAGGCAUUCAAGAGUUUAUGUAUUUGGAGAUGAAUGUGUCAAGAGCAUAACGUUGUUGUUCGGCAUCUGUUGUGUGCCAUCUGUAAGGCUAAUGUUAGGUGUUGAAACUGUCCAGCUAUUGGGCACAAUGACAGGAAGCAGGACGAGGGAACUUUAUGGGGUUGACAAAGAUGCUUCAUAACCUGGGGCUCUGAAUCUUAACUGGAAGAAAAGUCUACACUGGGGUGUUGAACAAACCAGAGGUAAAUUAUAUAUUCAUGAUGAGAUGAUGGUAUAUAUAUUGAAAACAUUAGAUUAAGAAAUAUUUUUGAGAGUAUUCGAAUAUAUUAUGAUUAACAUUGUUAUAAUAAAUAUUCUAUAUGUGAUAAAGUAUUCUAGGGUAGCAUGAAAAUUCCUUAGCAUAGGCCAAUUAAAAAUUUGUAUAUUCCUCUCUUAAGUAACUAAAACGUGUGUAAGACUGAACGUCUGUGAUGAAAAGCUUUGCAUUAUGCUGAGCAAAAGAUUUCAGCCAAAUGUCGCCAAAACAAAGCUACUUUUGUUUCAGUGGAAUGCUCAGUGGCCGGCCGGGAGUGUUGUGUGACUGUUGACUUGUUUCGGGGGCGUCGUGUCCCCACCUUGCUUUCCUCCACUACACACACACACACACACACACACACACACACACACACACACACACACACACAUUCUCUCUCUCUCUUUCUCUCUCUCUCUCUCUCUCUCUCUCUCUCUCUCUCUCUCUCUCUCUCUUUUGCUGGGUCACUUCCCUGACCCUUUUCUGCUCACACUCUCACAAAAUGACUCCUGCUGGCUCGAUCAUCAUACACACUUUUGGGUCAUUAGUCUUAAGCGUACCUCGAGUUGCCGGGGUGUCACGAGGGAGAAGAAACUUUGUCCGCCGAGUACUUCUAUGUUGUUCAAUACAUGUGAGUGAGAAAGUGUCUUGGCCAGGGCUGGCAUCUUCCAGGCAGGGAGAAAGAAGAGGUAUGGGAAGCCGGCAGCGGCCCCGCUGCGGCCUCGUCUUCCUGAGCAGUGUGUGUGCGUGUUUGCGUCAUCUUGGGUUCGCUGUGUAAGUAGUAUUCCGCGUUCGUUUCGUUACAUUGUGUUGUUCAUUGAGCUUCAUGUGAUGUCAUUUAAAGUAAUAAUUGUUCAAGAUUGCCUCCCUUUUCAGAAAUGUUUCAUUGGGAAACUGCUUGAAAUUUGUAUUCCUUAAUUGUGUGUGUGUGUGUGUGUGUGUGUGUGUGUGUGUGAAUAUGAGUUCUUCCAUCAUUAAUAACACAAUGAGGGACUUUCUAAGCUGAAUUUUGGUGGAGGGUAACACUAUCUGGUUCUCCAGCGUUAAGCAGACAGAUAUGUAUCUUCGUUCCUUCUCUAAAAUGGCUCUGAGGUUCCAUGAAAUUUCAAUCAAAUAAUAAUUAUAAGAAAAUUCGUAUGAAACUAAAGCAGAGAAGAAAGUAUUGUUCACUUGGCUUUAUUUUCUUUCAAAAGGAAGCCAUUAUAGGAAGUUUCUGGCAAUCCCAAUAUCUGCUUGCCCUUUGUCUUCUGUGGACGGCUUGGCCUUGUAAACAGAGCUCUUCAAUCAGGGUUACCAAGUACGUACCAACAUUUAUUCUAAAUAUAAUUUCGCCAAAGGACGAAGAUGACAGUUACAACAUGCACUUAUGUAAAUCACUAGAAUGGUCACAUAUCACUGAAAGCCUGACUUCACUUACAUUUGUAUCCAUUUAUGAAGAGGGCGAGCAUAAAUUGGGGUUGUCAAGGUUUUCUUACAUUGGCUUUGUUUGGGACAGUGCUGCCCCUUACUCAUACGGAGCUCGGAAAGUCCCUCACUAGUAAGCUGUCAGCGGUGUUCGUGGGGAGGCUGUCCUACUCUUUGAGGCAGGUGUCAGGCCCUGAAAAUCCUUCCUGCAGCAGGCAACACUGAGAGGCAUAAGUCUUGCUCGUGCACUGCACCUCCCCACGACCCACCGCCAUCCUCCCGCCGACGCGUCAGCAGUGGUCGGCUGGCCACCACCAGGAGUAUUAUUUGAAUAUUUGAAGGUAUUUACGUGUGAUUCCGAUCUACUGAAGGCAUUGUCAUAUUUGAUAACUUGCUUAACUGUUGAUUAUAUGUGGUUAGAUGUUCUAAUGUAUUCAGAUAUCUUUGAUAAUAAAAUGGUUAAUUGUAAA